AUGAUGGGCCAGACUCUAUCUGGACUGCUUGAUUACAUUGAUCAGGUUUCACCUUACUUUCUACGUCCUCCGGCUUUACUAUGUGGCCCAAUUCAUGGCCGUGUGUUACUAAACUGCCCUCCACCGGGUCAUCCCGAGUUAGCCACUCGGCCAGACCACAUUCCUCCCCAUCUUCCUCUCUGCUUUAACGAGCUCACUUCGCAUUCAGGUCUGUUGUCAUUUUAUAUACCAAUUUAUACCAACUAG